AUAAAAUAUUGGUUAUUUUGUUAGUUCUUGUGUAAAACUAUAAUGAAAUAGGCAGUGUUUACAGUCAGUCUACCCCAGGGCAGCUGUGGCUACGAAAGUAGCUUACCACCACUAGGUGUGAAUGAAUGAUGGGUUUUUAACAUGUAAAGCGACUUUGGGUACUUAGAAAAGCGCUAUAUAAAUCCCAGGUAUUAUUAUUAUUAUUAUUACUUCGUCCUGCUGGCAGAAGUGAGGUAGUGGCAAGUGCUCAUAAACGACGCACCUGCGUUGCUAGGUUAUGUGAAAACAUUACGCCGGAAGACCAGUCGAAUUGUUUCAAAUUUGGAUUUAAAUAGUAUAUUUUAAGUCAACCGCAAAUACUUUUAUUGUGAAGAGCAGUUCAUUUCGUCGGUCAUAUCACCGGAAGACCAGUCGAAUUGUUUCAAAUUUGAAUUUUAAAAAAGGUAUAUUUUAGGUCAACCGCAAAUACUUUUAUUGUGAAGAGCAGUUCAUUUCGUCGGUCCGUCUUCCUAGUGACGACCGGAUCGAUAAGUAGCAGCUUGGCAUGCUAAAUCUAAACUGUCAUGGAGGCCUUUUCGCUCUAACUGGAGCAAUGCCGAACGACCUCCGUCGCUUUGCCGAGAGCUGAGCCGGUGACCAGGCCGAUGAGAGUGUACCAGUGACGGGCCGGGGGAAGGGCGAGGUCCAGCCUGCUGGGAGGAUGCAGCAUCCUGCUAGCCUAGACUGAUGACUGGCUCUUUGCACACUUUCAUCUGCAGGGGGAGGCAAGAUGGCCGGUAAGGUGAAGUGGGUGACAGACAUUGAGAAGUCAGUGCUCAUCAAUAACUUUGAGAAGAGGGACUGGAUCCCAGUGACAGAAACCGAAGACUGGAAUUUUUACUGGAUGAGCAUCCAAACCAUCAGGAACGUCUUCAGCGUGGACACGGGCUACCGCUUGACUGACGAGCAGAUGGUCAACCACUUCCCUAACCACUACGAGCUGACCAGGAAGGACAUGAUGAUCAAGAACAUCAAGCGCUACCGCAAGGAGCUGGAGAAGGAAGGCAGCCCGCUGGCAGAGAAGGACGAGAACGGGAAAUACAUCCAUCUCGAUUUUGUCCCGGUGACGUUCAUGCUCCCUGCGGACUACAAUCUCUUUGUGGAGGAGUUCCGCAAGAACCCAUCCAGCACCUGGAUCAUGAAGCCCUGCGGGAAGGCGCAGGGAAAGGGCAUCUUCCUCAUCAACAAGCUUUCUCAGAUCAAAAAGUGGUCCCGGGACAGCCGCACGUCCUCGUUCAUGGCGGCCUCUAGUGGCAAGGAGGCCUACGUCAUCUCUGUUUACAUCGACAAUCCUCUUCUCAUCGGAGGGAAGAAGUUUGACCUGCGUCUCUACGUUCUAGUCACCACAUACCGGCCGCUCAAGUGCUACAUGUACACGCUGGGGUUCUGCAGGUUCUGCACGGUGAAGUACACGCCGAGUACGAGUGAGCUGGACAACAUGUUUGUGCAUCUCACUAAUGUUGCCAUCCAAAAACAUGGAGACGACUACAACCACGUCCACGGCGGCAAGUGGACCGUCAGUAACCUGCGUCUGUACUUGGAGAGCACCAGAGGAAAGGAGGUGACCAGUCACCUCUUUGACCAGAUCCAUUGGAUUGUGGUGCAAUCCUUAAAGGCUGUGGCUCCUGUGAUGAACAACGACAAACAUUGUUUCGAGUGUUAUGGCUAUGACAUCAUAAUUGAUGACAAGCUCAAGCCAUGGCUCAUCGAGGUCAACGCGUCCCCCUCGCUGACCUCCAGCACAGCCAACGACCGCAUCCUCAAGUACAACCUCAUCAACGAUACGCUCAACAUCGUCACCCCCAACGGCGAGAUGCCAGACUACCGCUGGAAUCGCAGCCCGCCACGAGACGCCCUGGGCAACUAUCAAGUUUUGUAUGACGAGGAGCAGGCGCAGGUCGAGAAUGCCGACCUGCGGAGCCGCUCGGGUCAGUCGCUGGGGUCAAAGGGCACCAAGGUCAACACGGGCGUCCGUCCCGCCGCAGCCACCUGGAAGUGAGGCAAGUCCACUGACGACUCUGACGUGCCUCACAAAACCCCAGACGAGGAAAUAACAUUUAUAUCCAGAGUUCAGCUUUUGUAUUUGUGUGUGUGCUUGCUGUUGGAUUGUGCCUUCAAUGGAACGGACGACACCUUUCUACCAUUUAAACACUGCCUCUGGAUACUCAUAAUCAUGCCUUGGUUGUGUUUGGCAACUACUACUGUCUCGUUUUUUUUUUUGUUGAGUUUUUUUGUAAGUCCAGAAAAUGAGUGCAGAAAACAAGAAAAAUACAGACAAAAAAGUCCACAUGAAACAUGUUAAGAUGUUUCACUCUUUUAAAAAAACAACAACAAUGUAUUAAUUUUAUUGCCAUUAGAGUGUUGAA